AUGGCCGUCUUCUCCAAGGUUGUUGGUGUCGCGGCAGCUGCCCUUGUGAGCGCUGUCUCGGCGCAGUCGUUCCAAAGAUUGGGCACUUGCCCAACUCUUGGUUGCGUCUUCCCGCCUGACCAGGCCGACUUCCUCGCUGGCCAGUACUUCGACAUUCGUCUAGAGGUCCAUGCUCCUCAGAACGGCUCCGAGGCGAUUGGCCUCCCGGCGGAUGAGGCCUUCACCUUCACCAUUGCCAAGGGUGAUGGCGAGGCAAAGCCAGUGACCGAUUUCUUCGGCGUGGAGGAUGCGAAGCUUGAGAACUGGACCUUUACUUACUUUGAGGACUACUUCGCUCGCGAUGCGAAGACUCCUUCGCUCGUUGAUGUGCGAUCCAAGGCGUACCGUCGCCUCGCACUCUACGAACCGGGCGAGUACACCGCAACGCUCAACUACAACAACGGCAGCAGUACCAAAGCCACAUGGCUCGUACGCGACCUUGCAGAGGAGCGCAAAGCCAAGAAUAUCAUCCUCUUCAUUGGUGACGGCAUGACGACCAAUAUGAUCACCGCUGCCCGCUUGAUCGGUCACAAGACCAUCAACGGAAAGUACCAGACCAGAAUGCAGAUGGACAAGUUCCCAGUUCUUGGCCACCAGAUGACACACUCAAUCGACUCUUUCAUCACCGACUCGGCCAACUCCGCGUCUGCUCUUUACACUGGCCACAAGAGCUCCGUGAACGCUCUUGGGGUUUAUGCGGACAGCAGCAAAGAUCCCUUCGAUGACCCCAAGGUCGAGACCAUCGCCGAAAUCUUCCACCGUCUGACUGGUGGACACGUCGGUAUCGUCUCCACUGCCUUCCUUGCCGAUGCUACUCCGGCCGGUCUCACUGCUCAUACGCGUGCCCGCAGCGAGUACGGUGCUGUUGUCGACUCUUUCCUCAACGGAAUCACCAACUACACCUGGACCGAGUGGGAUGGCCCUGAUGUCCUGUUUGGUGGAGGUGCUGAGCAGUUUUACUCUCCCGAACUCGGCGGUGUCACCUACCAGAACAAGACGUACUAUGACGAGUUCGCGAAGAAGGGCUACCAGGUUCUCCAGAACCGCACUGCACUCUUGGCUGCUCCGAGCAACGAGAAGGCUCUUGGUGUCUUCACGUACUCUAACAUGGCCAAGUGGCUCGACCGCAACGUCUACCGCGAGAACCUUAACCAGUCGCUAUCUCCUACCGGUGACAAGACCGCUGCUCUUGACCAGCCCGGCCUCAAGGAUAUGACCCUGAAGGCUAUCGACAUCCUAUCCGAGCGCUCCGGCGACAAGGGUUUCUUCUUGAUGUCUGAGGCGGCCUCGAUCGACAAGAUGAUGCACGUUCUCGACUAUGACCGCGCUCUCGGUGAGCUUCUCGAGCUUGACGACACCAUCAAGGCUACCGUCAACAAGCUUAACGAAACUGGCUGCCUCGAGGAGACACUCAUCCUCGUUACUGCCGACCACGGUCACGGUUUCGACGUCAUGGGAUCUGUGGACACUAAGUACCUUGCUGCCCAGGACGAUCAGCGCAAGAAGCGCAACGCUAUCGGCACCUACCAGAACUCGGGCCUGUCGCAGUACCAGAGCACCGGUAAUCUUACCUACGUUGACUCCAACUUCCCGCGCAACUGGGAUCCCCGAUACACUCUCUUUUCUGGCUUGACUGCCAACCCUGACCACCGUGAGAACUACACGGUGCACAAGGACGGCCCACGUGAGCCGGCUGUGGAGCUCGAGGAGGACUCUGACGACUACUACGUCAAUCCAGAGGAUGCCGAGAACGGUAUCGAGAUCAACGGCAACCUUCCUGUGAGCAACGACCAGGGUGUGCACUCGCUUACCGACGUACCUGUGUUCGCUAUGGGACCGUGCCAGGACAAAUUUUCUGGUGUUUACAACAGCAUCGAUAUCUUUUUCAGCAUGGCGGAGUGCUUCGGUCUUGCGAGGGGCAGGGCGACGAACGGAACCGGUUACUCAACGGGUAACUAA